UUCUACUCACUGUGUUCACAAACGGCUUUCUUUUGGACGUGAUCGCUGCUAACUGUCAAUCUUUUGAAUGCUUUGACAUUUACCUCAACGCCAGCUUUGAUUUAGAUCGAAACAGAAUUUUUGUUGUUUCGUGUAUUUCUCAGUUUUUUCAGCCUCUCGUGAGCUUUGGUAAGCUUUAAUGAUUAAUUUUCCUUGUCUUAAAACAAUAAUAGAGCAAGACUUUUAACAACUAGUGUGAUUAUUAACUUGUGUCAAGCCAGCCUCCAGUUUAUUGUCGGUUCCCCGUCUAUUCAAAGUAUUACGGGAAGAGAUGUGGAAACCGGAUUUCAAAAUAAAAGUAAACUUCGAGUGAAUUAACAGAUAUUUUAAGAACAUAAUCACAUAUAAUUUAGGCGUGUUCACUAUUAGCGGCCUGCGGCUAUCUUAUUUUGGAUUUCAAAGUAAAAGCCCUGUGAAUUUUCAUUUUUGAACUACUCUUUCAAUGACUUCAGAAUGCUCUUAAAAGCAAAAGUCAUAUUUCCAAAGAGUAGUUGCAUUUUGUAUCAACACUAUCCAACCACAGCAAUUGAAAUUGCCAUAUUUGACCAACUCUUUUAAACAAUUCAAAAUGCUCUAAAAUGGAAAAUUGCUGUUUCCACAGGGUAAUUCCACUUUAGAUCAACAGUAUACAACCCCACAGUGAUACCAUAUAAUAUCAAGUUAUUCUGAUGUUGCCUUCCAAAAUAAAGGCCUUUCAAAUUGUCCAUAAUUGACCUAAUUUUCAGUGAUUUCAAAAUGCUCUAAAAUUCAUUUAUGCAUUAUUAUGGUGUCAAAGAGGUCAGUGGACAGUAAAGCCCAGCAGGAGAGACAGAAGCAGCAGAUGGCCAGAGGGCUUCCCAAGCAGAAGCCCAUUGCUGGAGUCAAACAGGUCAUUGUCGUGGCUUCAGGCAAAGGCGGCGUGGGAAAGUCCACGACUGCAGUAAAUCUGGCUCUUGCAUUAAUGGCUAAUGAUCAGUCUAAGUCUGCUGGUCUGUUGGACGUUGACGUCUACGGCCCGUCUGUUCCCAGACUGAUGAACCUGAAAGGAAACCCGGAGCUCAGUGACGGUCUCGUUGGAAUGGCGGAUAUCCUUAUUGAUGAUUUCCUCUCUUCUGUCAGCAUGUCAAUGGGCUUCCUGGUGGAAGACGCGUCUCCGAUAGUGUGGAGGGGCCUGAUGGUGAUGUCUGCCGUGGAGCGCCUGCUCAGACAGGUGGACUGGGGCUCACUGGACUACCUGGUGGUGGACAUGCCUCCUGGGACAGGAGAUGUCCAGCUGUCAGUCACCCAGAACAUUCCAAUAGCAGGUGCGGUCAUCGUGUCCACGCCUCAGGACAUCGCUCUGUUGGACGCACACAGAGGAGCUGAGAUGUUCAAGAAAGUCAACGUUCCGGUUUUAGGUUUGGUGCAGAACAUGAGUGUCUUCCAGUGUCCCAACUGUCAGCACCAGACCCACAUCUUUGGCUCAGAUGGGGCCCGGCAGCUCGCGGACACUCUGGGGAUCUCGUUCUUAGGUGACAUCCCGCUUCACCUGAACAUCAGAGAGAUGUCAGACAAAGGACAACCAGUGGUUGUCUCCUGUCCCGACAGCGCAGAGGCGGCGGCCUACAGGAAGCUGGCGUCUGCUGUGACCCAGAGACUACAGGAAGUUAACACAUGACUUUCAGCUCCAACAGGAAGUCCGCUGGUUGAUAAUAAACUUGUUUUUGUCAUAUAUAAACAGUCAUGUAGAACCAGAAGCACAAACUUGUCUCUACUGUCGUAACGCACAACUACUGUAUGUAAAAAGUGACUUGGUGCUGUUCUACUGAAGGAAAAUAAUGUUAAAAAGUAUUUAUUAUGUAUAUCAUUAAAAUGUUUACAACUCCUGAGA